AGGGUCAUCGCAAGACUUGACUACUUUCGGUCCGGUCCCUCGCUGUCGGCUGAACACCGGACCCGGGUUCUCGCCCUCCCCUUCCCGGAGACUGGGAAAAAUAACAGGACUACUGGUCCUGGCCGAGGAGGGCACAGCCUCCCGGCCGCCGCCAUGUAUCCAGCGACCUGUGCCUUUUUUUGGUUGAGCCCUGGACUCGGGAGCCGGCGACCACUCUAUGCCUGCUGGAGUCUCAAGAGAAUCAGUUCAGUUGGACUCCACAAAGUAAACCAUGGGUUUUCAGUGACUACAGAAUCAUGUGGUUCAAAUCCUACAAAAUGACUUUUACCUGCUUGAAUAGAAUGAAAAUUUACAGGUACCCUUGGCCAAGGCUGUACGGUACUUCUCAAAGCACUGUAGACAGCAGUGAGAUAAAAACAUUCCUGGCCCUGGCUCACAGGUGGUGGGAUGAACAAGGAGUAUAUGCAGCUCUUCAUUCGAUGAAUGACCUGAGGGUGCCAUUUAUUAGAGACAAUCUUUUAAAAACAGUUGCUCAGCACCAGCCAGGAAAACCUUUGUCUGGGAUCAAGAUUCUUGAUGUUGGCUGUGGUGGUGGAUUAUUAACAGAACCUCUAGGGCGGCUUGGAGCUUCGGUUAUUGGAAUCGAUCCUGUGGCUGAGAACAUUAAGAUAGCACAGCACCAUAAAUCAUUUGAUCCAGUCCUAGAUAAGAGGAUAGAGUACAGAGCAUGUUCCCUGGAAGAGAUUGUGGAAGAGACGGCAGAAACAUUUGAUGCUGUUGUAGCUUCUGAAGUUGUAGAACAUGUGAUUGAUCUAGAAACAUUUAUACAGUGCUGCUGUCAAGUGUUAAAACCUGGUGGUUCUUUAUUCAUUACUACAAUCAACAAAACACAGCUGUCUUAUGCCUUGGGAAUUGCCUUUUCAGAGCAAAUUGCAGGUAUUGUACCAAAAGGCACUCACACAUGGGAGAAGUUUGUUUCACCUGAAAAGCUAGAGAGCAUUCUGGAAUCAAACGGUCUGUCAGUUCAAACUGUGGCAGGAAUGGUCUACAACCCCUUCUCAGGUUAUUGGCAUUGGAGUGAAAUUACCAGCCUGAACUAUGCAGCUCAUGCUGUGAAGUCCACAGAACAGGAACACCCAGUGCCUGAGUUUGUUUUCAAGGGGGAAAGAGAAGAGCUCAGACAUAAAGACUCCACCAACCCAGGUGUGCAGGAAGAGCUGAAGAAGUGAAUUGUUUCUAAGGACUAUGUAUAAUAUGGCUUGAAAGUCUGAUGUUUACAUAUGUCAAAAACCUACACUUUGUCAUUUGUGAGUGGAUCACGAAGAAAAGAAAAUCAACAAAAAGGGCUAAAACCUUGGAUAAAAGUUUUGAUUGUUUCAUCUAAUAGCCACUUUCAAGGGAUUAUUCUGUGGAUAAAAAGUUUUGGCAAGGUAUUGUGUAAUCUAGGCAUUUAAAUUCCUCAGCCUUUGUUUUAUAAAUAGGGUAUGCAUAUUUGACUUCACUUUACAGAUUAUAUAUAUUCAUCCAGCAUGUAUGCACAUACGUAUAUGCCGAAAUGUGUUUUAAUUUAAAGGAAUCUGCAUUAUCUAUGUUCUUUAUCGGGUUUUAGCUAAAGGCAGUUAUGCUUCUGACUUAUGAAAACCAAAUAUAGUUUUAUGCCACUUAUAUUUGGGAAGACAAAAUGUAUUUUUUCCUUUAAAUUUUAGUAUGUUGGAAAGCAAAUGGAUUGUUAAAUCUAUGCCGCGUUUGGAUUCAAACAUUAAAAUCAAGAAGUUCGGAUGAUGUUGGACAUACUUCUAUAUAGUUCCAUAAAUGUUUUAUUGUGACUUUUUUUUUAAGUAGAAAGUAUUUUUUAAAACUCAAUUAAAAAUUCAGUUAUGGAAAUUUUCUUCUUUGGCUAACAUUUUUAUAAUUGAAGGGACUGACUUGAAAUGUAUUUUUAUGCUUCUUGAAGUAUGUGAGUCCCUGGCUUUUUCUGAAAGUCCAGAUGCUCUAUAUAAAGACAUUCAUAGACACCGUUGACCCAGUGUGACAAACAUGGAUUGAAUGUGUGUGACCCAGAUGGAAGGUCAGCUUUUUAACUUCCUAUCAUUUUUCACUUUUACACUCAUGUUUCCUGUAUUCCUUUGUCGGUGUCUGUUAGAAUUAGCUCCUCAGGCAAACACUUCCCAGCCACCUUAGCUUAUCAUUUGCUUGUUCUCAGCGGCAUUAUAGGGGAGGAAACUGAAAUUUAAAGAAUUAAAAGAGGAAUUUUAACUUCAGUUGCUAUUGCGUAAUUAAGGUGCUAAAAAUUAGGAGCUUCCAUUGGCCUCCCUUUAAAAGUUAGAUUCUUAGUCCGAAUUCUAGUAGUUUUAUUACCAAAACAAAGCUUCCUCGUUCUGUUAGGAAAAAAAAAAAGUGUUGGUAUAAAAGAGUAAUCUAAGACCAGUGUAAUGGAACUGAUUAAAAAGCAGUCCCCCAAACAAGUGUGUUUAUUUUAGAGAAAAAACACUAACUUUCAGUUAUUAAAAAUACAUUCUUAAGUGCUGGAAGUUCAGGGCGAUUCAGUAAUAACUACUUCUGUGUUUCUCUUGACUUCCAAUGGGAUGAAAAGAUGAAAAUUUUGUGCCUCUCUGUAUAAUCUAAUUUGAUCUUUCAGGCCAAUUUCAACCAAAUUUCAGGAGAAAUAGGUUCAAAAAGACACUACAAAUUUUUUUAAGUGUAUAUUUGUAGAGUGAGGAUUGCCCAGCUGGGGAAAAGUAUUAAUUCUGAGAACUACCAACUUUUGAAAAGCAGUAAUCUAGCAAUUAGGGCUAGAUUAGGGAGUUUCACCUGCAAACCUUCCCUCAGGAACUCUGGGUUCAUGAGAAUGCCCUGCAAGAAAUAAUGAUAGAGACUUUAUGACUAAUGGUCCAGCAAAAGAGACUGUAAACCUGACUUAGAAUGAAAAAGAACAAGGCUCAGAGAGCAAGAAGUUGAAUUUGCAGGCAAUCUUAAUUUGGGGUGAGGGGAACAACCAUGGGAAGCUGGGCAAUGACCUUGACCACCUUGCUCAGUCAGGCUGUAAUUAGAAAAACUGCUAGACCAUCUGAGAGGUUGGCUCAAAGGACUACAAGCACUAGGAGAGCAAAACUUUCGGCACUUAGAAGUAGCCAUGAAUGAUGGUAGCAAGGGUCACGUGGCAAGGCAGGUGGUAACAGAGAUCAAGGGGUGUAGCUUUUCCCAAAACUUCUGCAAGGAACAGUGGGAUCCAGCACCCAGCACAUAUAUGCAAAACCCCCUGGGAACCUGCAGGAGCCUUCUGGAAGCAGGGUUCUAGAAACUAGCCUGGUUAAGAGACUAGAAUAAAAAGCAACUGCAGUUGUUACAAAAGCGCUGAUUGUUCCCAAAGUUGCUAUGUUCUGGGGAAAAUAAGUGCCAUGCAGGCGUAUAAAACAUUGCUGUAUUUGUGUGUUCUAUAUUUUUCCUGAAGACAAAACAUCACAAAAGAAUUGUCUUUAAAUCUUUUAUUCUAUGGGGCGCCUGGGUGGCUCAGUCAGUUGAGUAUCUGCCUUCGGCUCAGGUCAUGGUCCCAGGGUCCUGGGAUCGAGCCCCGUAUCAGGCUCCCUGCUCAUCGGGGAACCUGCUUCU